UCUGAGGUAGAUCUCUCCGGCUUCAGUGGAGAAGAUGAGCAUAGAGAUCCCCGCCGGGCUGGAGGACCUGCUGGUCCGCUUCACAGUGGAGGUGCUGCGGAAUCAGCCCAGAGACCCGCUGGACUUCGCUGUGCAGUACUUCCAGCGGCUGAAUCAGAAUCAGAAUCAGAAUCGAGGCGGCGGUUCGUCUGAAUCUCUGCCCUCUCCGACUGCUGCCCGGCCGGGGGCGGUGGUCAGUUUCACCGAGCCUGACGCUGAGAGGAGCGGAGAGGAGGACGAGGAGCUCGUCGCACCGGUGGCCAUCAGAUUCACCAGAAGAGUAUCAGUAUCUGCAGAAACCUACAAUCCUGAUGAUGAAGACGAGGAACUCAGGGAGCCCAGGAUCGUCCACCCCAAAACAGACGAGCAGAGACAACGUCUACAGGAGGCCUGCAAACACAUCCUCCUCUUCAAGAACUUGGACGCAGAGCAGAUGUCUCAGGUUCUUGAUGCCAUGUUUGAGAGACGCGUGGAAGUGGGGGAGCUCAUCAUCGAGCAGGAUGACGACGGGGAUAAUUUUUAUGUGAUUGAGAGGGGGACAUUCAGCAUCUACAUGAAGGUGGAUGGUCUGGAGCGACUGGUGGGAACCUACAACAACCGCGGCAGCUUCGGCGAGCUGGCCCUGAUGUACAACACGCAGAGAGCCGCAACCAUCAUCACCACCUCAGCUGGAGCUCUGUGGUGUCUGGACAGAAUGACUUUCCGAAGGAUCAUCGUCCGGAACAACGCCAAGAAGAGGAAGCUGUACGAGGCCUUUGUAGAGUCUGUUCCGCUGCUCGAAUCCCUACAGUCGGUGGAGAGAAUGAAGGUGGUGGAUGUUCUGGGCUGCCAGACGUACAGUGAUGGCGAGAGGAUCAUAGCGCAGGGCGACAGUGCUGACUGCUUCUACAUUGUUGAAUCGGGGCAAGUGCGAAUAGUCCUGAAUAAGAAGGGGGCCGAGACCGAAAUCGCCGUGUGCUCCAGAGGGCAGUAUUUCGGGGAGCUGGCUCUGAUCACCAACAAGCCUCGGGCUGCUUCCGCAUACGCCGUUGGAACCGUGAAGUGUUUAGUGAUGGACGUGCAGGCGUUCGAGAGGCUGCUGGGUCCCUGUAAAGACAUCAUGAAGAGGAACAUCGCCAACUACGAGGAGCAGCUGGCCAGGCUGUUUGAACGGGAUGUGGACGGACACACGGAAACCGCAGGUCCUCGUCCGGGCACUUCAGAGGUCCUUCGUUAAUUUAUUACAGAUUCUGGAGUUUUUCAACUUCAAAUUUGAGGCCUGAACUGCUUUGUAGAGUAUUUUGUUUUAUAUUUAUAAUGUUGGAGUUAAAACUCAAGCCAAAGAAUUUAAAACUUCCAUUUCUGUAUGAAGAAGACUUGUUAUAACUAGUAUUUGUUUUGGCUACAUCCGUUAACAUUUCCUCCCCCAUUCAGGAAUGUUUGUACAGUGCUGAGCCUUUUUUAUUGAAAGUUCAUGUUCUGGUGGGAACGUUAAAAAGUUUGGACUCCUACAAGCAAAACACGAACGCCCAGAUGACCUCACGACCUCAGUCGCUGCCUUUUAGAUCACCUGAGCCGUUCUGUCGGGUUUAUUUCCUCCGUUUUGUUUUGACUGCAUUCUGCCAACCGUACUUCCAUGUUCUGCAAUUUUAUUCAAAUGAUUGUUUUGUCAGCGCCGUAAAGUCAAAGGCUGACAUCAUGAGAGCAAAUAUGCAAAUUGCACUGACUUGCAGUUCACAGGUAUUGCAGUACAAGCCAGAUCUGCUGUCAGUAUUAAAGGGCUCAUGUUGUGGAAGA